CAGGAUGCCAUCACACAUGGGUGCCAAGGAUGCCUAGUCAGGGGGGGCUCCAGCAAUGGAGCUGUGGGGGAUUGCUGGCUGCUCCCUGAUGGUUGUGCUGAUCCUGGCUGCGCUGCUGUCCAACGGGAUGGUGCUGAUCUGCUUUUUGAGCUGCUCUGCCCUCCGCGGGCAGGUGCCAGGCUUAUUCACCCUCAACCUCACCCUCUGCAACCUGCUGCUCACCGUCAUCAACAUGCCACUGACACUAGUGGGGGUCAUGCGUGGGCACCAGCCCGGGGGAGAGGGGCUGUGCAGGGCAGUGGGCUUCUUGGAAACUUUCCUGACCAGUAACUCCAUGCUCAGCAUGGCAGCCCUCAGCAUUGACCGCUGGGUGGCUGUGGUCUUCCCACUGAGCUAUCACUCAAAGAUGAGGUAUCAGGAUGCUGCUGUCAUUCUCCUGUAUUCCUGGAUCCACUCCCUGUCCUUCCCCACUGUGGCCCUCUGCCUGUCCUGGGUGGGCUACCACAAGACCUAUGGCUCCUGCACCCUCUACAACAAGGACCCAGAGGAGGGGACAUCUUUCCUGGCAUUCAUUGUCCUUUUCCACCUGCUCAGCUUCCUUCUGUCCUUCCUGGUGCUGUGUGUCACCUACCUGCAGGUGCUGAAGGUAGCUCGGUCCCACUGUAGAAGGAUAGAUGUGAUCACAAUGCAAACUCUAGUAUUACUGGUGGAUCUGCACCCCAGUGUGAGGCAGAAAUGUUUGGAAGAACAGAAGAGGAGGAGACAACGAGCUACCAAAAAAAUCAUCACAUUCAUUGGAACAUUCCUGCUCUGCUUCACUCCAUAUGUCAUCACCAGACUGGUCGAGAUCUCUUCCUCCACCCCCAUCAGUUCUCAGUGGGGCAUCAUCAGCCGGUGUUUGACCUACAGUAAAGCUUUGUCAGAUCCGUUUGUGUACUGCCUGACACGGAACCAGUAUAAGAGCUGUUGCCGCGAUAUUGUUAACAGACUUCUCAAACGCAGGUCUGGAAAUUCCUCUGCUCAAAGGGUCAACUCGUAUGUAGGAAACUUGGUGCCAACAACUUCUACUUAAAGAACCCAAACAUCAGAACAGGAACAGGCAUCCACUUCUCUGCCAAUGUGAUAUCUGUUACAAAAGGGAAAACUUCCAACUUUUCUCUUGUUUUAAUUUAUUGCCUUAAACUUAUUAUCAGGAUGUUGUUUAAACCUGAAGGUGGCUCUUUGUGAUGCGCAAGCACUGUCCGGAUCAUACUUUCCCAAGCAAAUGAUUAUUUCCCACCACAUGGAGAUAAACCUGGACAUACAGAGAGCACAAAACUAAUGACAUAAGUAAGUGACCAACUGAACCUACUAUAAAUGAGUUGUCUGUGAUACCAGACAGUGGGGAUUUACCUUUGCAGAUGUCACCUCUAACCAAAAGAAGGAUUGGAGAUAUGAUUCAGUAGAUGAUAAAGAUGAUAAAGAUGAUGAUGAUGAUGAUGAUGAUGAUGCCUGUUGAUGACAAUCGUGUAAAUAGAUGUCACACUAUACCCAAA